AUGAAAAUGAAUGGAACGAAUGGAAAAGGUUGUGCUUCACCAACAUUUUAUGUACCAAAAAACGGAGUCUACGAUGAGAAUGGUCAAUCAUCUAGUGAAUUAACUUAUGAAUUUGAUGAAAAAAUAACUGCUCCCACCUAUACAUUUAAUACAAUAAACCAAGGUAGUGAGUAUCCUCACCAUAAUUUCCAAGUGCAAUAUUUUCAAACUCAGCAGACUCCGUACGUAAAUUAUGCAAAUGCACAUUCUCAAGCUGACAAUGGAAUUAGUGAUGAAAAUGAAAGAAGUCCUCAGUUUUCCCCAUUAGGUCAAAGAGAUAUAGCUGAAUUUAUGCACAGACAAGAAGUCCGAAAUAAAUCAAGUUCAGGAACAUCAAGUAGUGUUAACAAUGAAGAUGAUAAGUCAUACCAAUGGAAGAAGAGUGAAACUGAAACACUAUCACACGAAUUUGGUGUUGACUUGCCAACAACAUGUCUCAGCAGUGUUUCCGUUGCAAAUUCAUUUAAGCAGAACAUCUCAAAAGCAUUAACGACGCAGCGCCAACAGUAUCAAGGUAUACAUCCACCUAGAAAUGAAAUGGGAGGAACUCAGUUGUUUGCUUAUGAAAAUAAACGCAUGAUACCACCACCUCCAGAAUCGCCUCCCCCUCCUGCACCAAAAUAUUAUCUCGACGGGCAUAAUCGUGACAAAUCUUUGAAUUAUCACUCCUCAUUGAUGGAGAACAAUGAACAUUAUGAAAUAACCUCCGAGUUUUCAUUUUCAUUAUGUCCCUCUCCUCAUUCACUUUUUCCAGUACAAAAUGAUAAAAUACAGCUGAUAUCACAGUUUGCAGUGACAACGGAAAAGCAGCAUGAAGAAUCUGAACAACAAUUCAAGGGCACUACUGUUACCAAUAUUAAUGAUAAUAACAGUCAAAUCUUCCAGUCAAAUAAUGAAUGCUCUACAAAUGAGAGGAGCAUAUAUUACUCCGAAUUCGACAGUAGUGAUGAUGAAGUGCAAAAUCAAACUGUUGACAGUAUUGGUAAAGGACAUGAAGAAAUGACGAUAAAUUCAAAGGGUAAUUUCAGUAAUUUCAAGCAAAACUUUAAUUCAUCUAAUCAGCAACACUAUGCAGUAAACACAUCAUUCUGUUUAGAAAAGCAAACGGUUGUCUCGAGACCAUUACUGUUAUUAAAUGAGCAUACAAUACCAAAUUCACCGCAGUCGUCUUUCUGUGUUUCAUUAAGUCCUGAGGAACAUGCAAGUUCAACCUACGCUCAAGUGUAUUGA